UUAGUACUAAAAACUCAGUUGACAGCCGCGUGUUGUUUUUCCGCUGUUUACGAAAUUUAGGUUUUUAGAGUUUUUCGUGGUUUUCUUGUGUUUUUCGACAAUAUUUUACAGCAAAAUGUCAUCAGAUAACGAGGGCAGUGUCAAUGAUGCCCACAAUAGUUCAGAUGAUGAUGCAUCGCGUUCGCCAAAACUGCAGAUCGAUGGAAAUGCCUCCGAUGACAAUAAGUCAGAUAAAUCAGGAAAUGAUUCUCCCAGGAGUUCUAGGUCAGGAGGAGGUUCCCCAAGGUCAGCAGGUGAAAGUCCACGUUCUGGUGGUGGUUCUCCACAAUCUCAGCACUCAGGCGGAGACAGUCCGAAAUCUGGCAGUAAGUCUCCCAGAUCAGGAACUAAAUCUCCGGGCUCUGGAAGAGAUUCGUCACGGUCUAGAUCUAGAUCAAGAUCAAGAUCGCCACUAUCAGGGCCAGGAUCACCACAGUCUGGAAAGAUUUCUCCGAGAUCUGGGAGAAGUUCAGUGAGAUCCAGAAGGAGUUCUGCGGGCUCUAGGGGAAGCUCACCGAGGUCUGGGUCUGGAAAAAGUUCUCUUAGGUCUGGAAAAAGUUCUCCUAGGUCUGGAAGAAGCUCUCCGAGAUCUGGAAGAAGCUCUCCGAGAUCUGGAAAGAGUUCUCCGAGAUCUGGAAAAAGUUCCCCAGGAUCUGGAAAGAGCUCUCCGAGAUCUGGUAAAAGCUCUCCGAGAUCCCGAAGUGGAUCUCCUGGCAAGAAGUCAGGAUCACAAACGCCAGAGAGAGCGCGUUCUCGUACUCCAUUGUCGGAUGAGGAGACAAUUGUGAAGAAUCGCAAAAAGGCUUCAGCUCUUAUUGAUUCAGACAGCGAAGAAGAGGAAGCUCCUAAGCAGUCAGAGGCUCCGGAAGUGUCUGCCAAUAAGUUGUUUGGGGACGCUGAUGACAUCAGUUCCGACGACGCCAGCAAAUCAGAUGGCGAGGAGAAGCGAUCUGAAAGGGAGAAAUCUCCAAGUCCAGAAAAUGAGGAGCGUCAGUUUAUCCGGUCAGAAGAUGAGGGAGAAAAGAGUGAGCAAGAAGAGGGAGAGAAGGAGGCUACUCAGGAGCCAGAGCCAGUAAAUGAGACGCGUAUUGAUGUUGAAAUACCAAGGAUUGUUUCGGAUCUCGGUAGAGAUAUUCACUUUGUCAUCCUGCCCAAUUUCCUCUCAGUGGAGACGCGUCCCUUCGAUCCAGACACCUAUGAAGAUGAAAUUGACGAAGAAGAGACACUCGAUGAGGAGGGUAGACAGAGAAUUAAGCUGAAAGUGAGCAAUACCAUUAGAUGGAUGGAGACUUUUGACAAAGAUGGUACCAAGAAGAUGGAUUCCAAUGCAAGAGUCGUCAAGUGGUCUGACGGAAGCAUGAGCCUGCAUCUGGGCAAUGAAAUCUUCGAUGUGUACAAACAGCCUCUGCAGGGUGAUCACAACCAUUUGUUCAUUCGUCAAGGAACUGGUCUUCAGGGCCAAGCUGUCUUCCGUACAAAGCUCACCUUCCGUCCUCAUUCCACGGAAUCCUUCACGCACAAGAAGAUGACCAUGUCAUUGGCAGAUCGACUGCAGAAGACCAGUGGAAUCAAGAUUCUCUCGCAAGUGGGUCCAGAUCCGGACCAGGACAGACAGUAUUUCUUGAAGAAGGAAGAAGAGAAACUGCGUCAGGCGCUGAGGCAAAAACAGCAUCAGACUAAGCCCAAGAGAAGCAGGGAUUCUGGAAAUCUGGCCAGCAUGUCCUACAGGGAUCAUGAUGAAGGAUCUGAAGAUGAGGGAGCAAUUUCCCUUGCGGCUAUCAAGAACAAGUAUAAAAAGGGAAAAGCACCACUUGAGAAAGGUGGCGCUGCUGGAAUUUAUUCGUCGGACGAGGAUGACUCUGAUUUUGAAGCGCGACCCAAGAAGAGCAACAAGAGUAAGGCUGCUCUCAAGGAUUCAGACGAAAGUGACUCUGAUAAUGGUGGGAAUCAAGCUGAGGAGGAAGAAGAUAAGGACGACGAUGAAGAAGAUGAUGACAGCAAAAAUGAAGAUGAUUAGACUGUUUUUUCUCUAUUUCAACAAUAAAUAUCACGCUAUUUCCAAAAAAAAAA